UGCACUGCUGUCUUCUUCAGCUGCACCACCGUCAUGCCAUCUCGACUCUACAGAAGUUCUCUCCCUACCAACCUCCUCUGGCUACUACUGGUAUUGCUCUCUCCUUUUCUUGUUCUUGUAACAGCAGCUUCACUAGGGUCCCAAGCGAGGGCUCUAUUACACUGGAAGUCCACCCUCCAAGGUGGGCAAUUGCUGGCAUCCUGGAACAUCGACUCUCGUCCUUGCAACUGGACUGGGGUUGCAUGCAGCGUCACACGUAAGGGCCGCUUGGUCAUCACCGACGUGCAUCUGCCAGAUAUGAGCUUAGCAGGGCCACUUGAUGCAUUUAAUUUUUCGUCGUUGGGAUCACUCGCCACUCUAAACCUCAGUUGCAACCGGCUCAAUGGAACUAUUCCCCCUGCCAUCGCCACCCUCUCGCAGCUGGUAACGCUUGAUCUCACUGGCAACCUGUUCGUGGGCAGAAUCCCGAUCGAGAUGGGCUCAAUGAAGGGGCUCCAAUUCUUAAGCCUGAGUCAAAAUCAAAUAAUGAGUUCGGUACCUCCAUCGUUGAGUAACCUUAGUGACCUUACGCACUUGGAUCUGCGACAAAAUAAGCUUAGGGGUGCCAUCCCUGGGGAGCUGGGGAGACUCGAGAAGUUAAGAUUUUUGGAACUUGGGGACAACCAACUAUCUGGCUCCAUUCCUCCCGGUUUAGGGAACCUGACAAGACUGUAUCACUUGGCUCUUUAUGAAAACCAGUUAACUGGAUCCAUCCCUCGACAAUUAGGAGAUUUAAGAGACUUGGUUUACUUUUCACUCUCUAAUAAUAGUCUAACUGGUACCCUUCUUUCUACCUUGGGAAACCUAACCAAGUUACAGUAUUUAUUCUCGUGGAGAAAUCAUCUUUCGGGUUUCAUCCCUUUUGAAAUUGGAAAUCUAAUUGAUGUUUUCAAUCUUGACCUCUCGAGCAAUAUGUUAACAGGUUCUAUCCCUUUCUCUUUGGGAAAUAUGAGCAAGUUGAAUAUCCUUCAUCUUUUUGACAAUGAGUUAUCGGGCUCUAUUCCUCCUCAGAUUGGAAAUCUAAUUGAUGUUUUCAAUCUUGACCUCUCGAGCAAUAUGUUAACAGGUUCUAUCCCUUUCUCUUUGGGAAAUAUGUGCAAGUUGAAUAUCCUUCAUCUUUAUGAGAAUAAAUUGUCAGACCCGAUACCUCCAUCUCUCGGUAACUUGAGGAAACUCACCGACCUUCGCUUAUUCACAAAUAGACUAUCUGGAGCGUUACCUUCGGAGAUGAACAACAUCAUAGGUUUGACAUCGCUUCAAUUGUCAAACAACAACUUCUCCGGUUAUUUGCCUCCAGACAUAUGCAAAGGAGGAGCCCUAUCAUACCUCGCAGUGAGCAACAACAAUAUAUCUACAAUUGAUAGGUUGAAGAAAGAACUGAGUGAGUCUUUUACAAUGAAGGACAUAGGCCCAGCAAAGCAAAUACUGGGCAUGUAG